AUGAACGCCAUGGGCUACAAUGUCGGGGACAACUUUCUAUAUGCUGCUACAUUCGACGCCGCGCCUUUCGACCUGAUUCGAAUCUCAGGUACAGGCGAUUGCGUGAAUAUGGGAAGUCUCAAUAUCAGUUUUACCUCCACCUGCGGCGACGUAGAUGAGAACUCACAAUACUGGGGCGCAGCAGGCGGAGUAGACUGGAUUCAGGUUGACUUGAAACCAGGCUCGGCAACCUACGGCCGGACGGUAACCAAGGGGACUGCAUCACCGGGGCUAUACGUGAUUGACUGGGCUUACGUUCCCAAAAAGGGCAAUUAUCUGUGGGGCGUGGGGUGUGAAGACGAUACUAGAGCGUCAACAUAUCUGAUGAGAUUCGAUCGGACCGCCAAGACCUGGACCACGGUUGUCAAGUUCGGGGACAUAGCUGGCAAGACCGGCACGAACAGAAACACCUGGGGUGCUGUUUAUGCGUCCGACGAUGGGUACUUGUAUGGCUCCGAGAACAACAGUGGUGAGAUCUGGAGGUUUCCGGUGCCCGAUAAUGGGGUUGGUGUCCCUAGUGGAUCACCAAUCAAAAUCUCGACUGGACCAUCAUCACCCGGAGGAAACGACGGUGCGAGGUGCAUUAAAGCUUCCAACAUCUAG